AUGAGACGAUUUUGGCCCACGGGGCUACACCUUUCAGGCAGACUUACCAGAGAAAGACGUCCCGAGAAGACAAUGAAGAAUCGUUCAAGUACGCGCACGUCUCGUCAGCAGCUUGACGCCCGUGUGGUUAAAGUGAAACUUGAAGAAACAGUUCGCUUCGUCAUGAGACGAUUUUGGCCCACGGGGCUACACCUUUCAGGCAGACUUACCAGAGAAAAACGUCCCGAGAAGACAAUGAAGAAUCGUUCAAGUACGCGCACGUCUCGUCAGCAGCUUGACGCCCGUGUUGUUAAAGUGAAACUUGAAGAAACAGUUCGCUUCUCUGCUAAAAUUAAACAAUGUCAGCCUGUCCAAGGACACGGGUUCCGCCGAGGUGGGUACCAGUGCCACUGCAAGGACGGCUAUUUCUUCCCUGACAUUACCGCCAAGGACAAGUUCUACAGAGGCACGGUGGUUGAGGGGCUUAACGGUAAUACGUCCAGUGCCUCCUGUUUACCUUGUGCAAAAGGUUGUACUACAUGCGUCAAUGCCAGACCGUGUUGGCACGAAAGACAAGUGCUUAUGCGCAUGAUCGUACUUGGCAUUGUGGGACUGACCAUAUUUGGUAUACUAGUUUUCUGCUGUGUUAUCUACAAGUUCCGAAAAUACAUGGUUUUGCGAGCCGCCAGUCCCAUAUUUCUUUACGUGAUGUGUUUCGGGUCUGGGUUGAUCUGUCUCUCAAUGGUUGUAGGCUACUUUGAUGCCACGGAGGACACGUGCGUGCUCGAGCCCUGGUUACGCUACAUAGGCAUUACUGUGACUUACAGCGCCUUGUUAUUGAAGACUUACAGAAUAGCAGUCAUAUUCCGGGUGAAAUCGGCAAAGAAAGUCAACCUGACAGACAGGGUGCUUUUGCGUCGCUUCAUCCCUAUUCUGGCGGUGGUCGUCUGCUACUUGGUCACGUGGACAGUAUCUGCGAGACCAACCCCCGUUACCAUGACGACAAUAGACAAUCUGAAAUACAACUCUUGUAGAACUGAUUGGUGGGAGUACGUUGCUGACUCGGGCGUUUUCUGUUACCUUUUAUGGGGUGUGUACUUAUCUUUCCUAGUGAGGAACGCGCCCUCCAGUUAUAACGAAAGUAAACAUAUCACGUGGGCAGUUUAUAACACAAUUUUAUUCGGUUCCUCGAUUUCUGUGAUAAAACAGGUUGUCGCUGUGCAGCAGGGACCAGACGUUAUUUACAUAAUGGAACUGAUAUAUCUGCAAGUCGCCGUCACUUGUAUGUUCUGCCUUAUAUUUGUACCAAAGUUUAUAGCAUUGUACAAAUUCCACAAGUAUGGCAGCGAUAUGCUGAACGAGCGCCGCUUCCAGAACAGAACGGCGGUGAUGUUUCCGUUUCUCCCCAUGACAACCGUACGUAAGUCGUUAAUGGAUGUGGCUGUCCAAGCAUCUCCUUCAGUCCUGGACAAUGAACUGGAUAAUUCGGAGGUGCAGAUUUCCGUAGUUCCAAGGCAGGAGUCUUGUGUUCGUAUAGACAAUGGUGUGGAAGGAAUGAAGGAAGACUUGGACCACAAAGAUCAAGAUGAGUCUGACAACAUAGCAACCAGCGGCAAUGAAAAGACUUCAAACGAUCACCUACCGAAUGAGACAUUAGCUAAAAAUGACAGAAAAUUUGACACAGUUGACAACACACAGCCAAAACCGACGACUGCUCUUAACACUUUGCAUGUAUGUCAGGAGACGCGUCGGCCAACCAGUCGGUCUGGCACUAAUCUCUCUACUUUCAGUGGAGAUUUAGCAAAAGCAUUUGAUGCAAGCGUAAUCAACGAGCAUAAGCUACUGAAAAGUAGUGCUUCGGAUUCAGGACUUUCAACUCCUACGGCGGCAAGCAAAAAGGAGUACGGAUGGUACGUGUGCACGGGGUGUAAACUUUCAGAUGGAAAGAUCCACAGAUUGCGUGAUACGAUUAACCAUGAUGCUCUUCCUGUCCACAAAAGGCAGUCUUUUCCCUUUUAUGUGCAACAUACACAAAAUAAGAACGGGCUGCCUUCGUUUAUACCCAGAACUCCCUGCAAGCAGACUCACAAACGGACGCCGGCAAAAACCACACCCAAGCUGCCACAGUAUCCGCACUUAAUGUCUAAGAGAAGGAAUACCAAGAUGACAGAAUCUGAGUACCUCAACUGAUUCAAAGUGCUAGGACACACCAGUG